AUGGAGACUUAUCUUUCGAAUACAUAUUUGAAUUUGUCUGAACUGGACUCCAAACAACCGCCCACAGCUAAUACCACCUCGUCCUUGCCACUUCGCCUGGAGUCGCGCUCUGUGAUUAUCUCUGCUACGAUGUUUACGGUGGGUGUUCUGGGAAAUCUUGUCGCUAUAGUGGUGCUCUGCAUCUCUAAAAAGGAGCAAAAGGAGACCACGUUUUACACACUCGUCUGUGGUAUGGCAAUCACAGACCUUCUGGGCACCUGUUUUACCAGUCCUGUUGUUAUCGCGACAUAUGUUGCAAAACAGUGGCCGGGCGGAGAACUUUUGUGUCACUUUUUUUCAUUUUCGAUGCUCUUCUUUGGUUCUGCUGGAAUGUCCAUACUUUGCGCCAUGGCCGUGGAGAGGUACCUCGCCAUAAAUCAUGCGUACUUCUACUCUCAUCACAUAGAUCGGACGAUGGCACGAUUAACACUUGUUGCUACUUAUUUAGCUAACAUCGUGCUGUGUAUCAUGCCAAGCUUCGGAUUUGGGAAACACGUUAAGCACUUUCCGGGUACGUGGUGUUUUUUAGACUGGAGGGCGACGGAACCCCUAGCUGCCUCUUACUCUUUUGUAUACGGAGGAUCCAUGUUGAUACUCAUAGGAGUGACUGUAGCGUGCAACCUCGCAGUCUGCAGAUCCUUGGUGCUCAUGAGCCAGAGAACAAGGAUAGUGAGAGCGGAGAUCUCCGGUCAAGGCGGUUCGGGAAGAAGGUUUCCGAAGCUACCUUCUGUGUCUUCAGCUGCAGAAUUCCAGAUGUUUUGGCUGUUAAUACUAAUGACCAUCGUGUUUCUGGUUUGUUCAAUCCCUUUAGUGGUGCGGAUUUUUGUCAACCAGUUGUAUGGUCCGGCCCACAUUUCCGCUGGAGGGAAACCCGACUAUCGAGGCGAUCUUAGGGCAAUACGGUUCGCCUCCUUUAACCCAAUUUUGGAUCCAUGGGUUUACAUCUUGUGCCGGAAAAACCUACUGAUUAAGGGUUGCGAGAGGGUGAAGCGGUCUGUUGGGAAUGCCAGAGAAGCUCGUGCGCGUAAAGUUGGCUGGGUAAGCGGCCAACGCACACCUCCUUCUUACGCCGCAAGCAACACCACCAGUUACGCAUCCCUGCGAAACGAUAAACAAGACGAUGAGCAGAUUAUCACUAGGACUAAAUCAUUUACCGAUUUCACUGUGCAACAAACAUGGGAUUAUGAUGCGUCGCGACCCAACUUUCAUCCCUUCUGUAUCGAACAGAGUGCUGCUAUUGAUUUACAGAAAAUAAGUAGAAAAGCCCACCCUGGAGGACUCAUGAAGUUCUCUUCGCCGGCAUUACUGAGGAGUCACAACCCACAGCUCCCCAGCACAGCAGGUGGAGGGAAGCUCUCAGACCUGGGAGCGAAGACCCUGUGCUAG